AUGCUGCUGGGUGCCUCGUGCGCGUUUUCCGACACCAAAUCCGAAUUCGAUGACAUUUUAUGGAAUUUCGUACGCAAAUCCUCUUCUCCUCCUGCUCAUGUUAUUCUAUAUGGUGAAAAACGGACAAAUCCAAAAUUCUAUGGAUGGCUAUGGACAAGGACAAGACCCUAUGGACAAGGACAAGAUUCUAUGGACAAUGGACAAUCUAUGGACAGAUCUGAACCGACUCGUAAUCCGGCCACACUAAUCAGUGACGUGAAACGAUUCAAUGCAGAAAGACGAGUUCUACCCACAAGAAUACAAUACGUGGCAAAAAUAAAAACUACGAACCACUGCGUGGGCGAUGAUGCAGCAAAAUGUGUGCCAGCUCUUUACUCAUAUAAACAAAGAUAUAGGGUAGCACCAAAAUAUCAUUUACUUGGAUGUGCUAUUGAGAAAAAUUUCUCCACGAUGCUCACAGCAAUUCUCUGCUAUCUUUUCGAUGAAGAAGGAUUUCAACGAAGCAAAAGAAAUCUUAGUUCGGAAAUAUUCCAUAUGAGAUUUUGUGGAAAACGUAACGAAUACGAUUCUCUUGCCACCAUAGACAAGAAGCUGAAACUCGACUUACAUGUAUGGAAAAUGAUAGCUGUUGUACGAGAACCAGUGGAAAGAUUUGUUUCUGGUUUCGCGGACAAAUGUCUCAGAGAACGAGUGUGGAGGAAAUUCCCAAGUCGGUGCAAUGGAUGCAAAACGAAUAUGACGUGCUUUAUGGAGAGAAUGUAUGCUAGAAUGAUGCGACGAGCUAGAGGACUUCAACAGCGCGCAAACUUUGACGACGAUCACUUUUUCCCUCAAAACUGCGAGGCGGGUGUAGUGCAGUCAGUAAGAAGCUCCGCUGUCUCCACGAUCGAUCGGAGGCGAUGUGAGUUCAAUUCGCGUCUUUAUGACUACCAAAUAUUGCAGUUUGACGCUAUUCAGCCGUCACCAUUCUUCGGAAAAUUACUUGAGAUCCUCAAGAAAAACAAAGUUCCUGAACAGGAAAUCGAUUUCAUAAAUAAAUCUAUCAGCACCCAGCGGACAACACAUAGCACUACAAAUACUUUGGAACAAAGAGAAACGAGAGAUGCACUACUUUCCAAUGACUAUCUUACCAAUCUUCUUAUCAAAAUGUAUUAUUUUGAUUUUGUUUUAUUUGGAUAUCCUAUACCUCCAGUACUGGUUAAGAACGAGUAA